UUUGGAAGGAAAAUGGCAGCCUCUUUUUACCUUUUCUUAUUUCCCUUUGACUGCUCUGCUGGAUCACAUUUAAAUGACUAGCUAAUAGCUACAACAACAUGUAUCAUCCUAGCUAGAUACAAUGUAGCAAAAUAAUAUAUUGUCAAUGUCCAGCUAAACUGUAACGGCUCAAUCAUAUAUUGGUCGUUGAUGCUAACCAAAACAAUAUCAGGCAGUCACCUCUGCCAACUAUUAGCGAAUAAGAGGUCUCAACUGAGUGUCGGUGCUCCUUUCUCUGUUGUCCCCCAUAGCUGUGCCAUGUAGAAGGCAGUGAUUCGCCCUUAAACUUUUGCAAAUGAAAAUGGAGGAUAUGUCUCUGUCGGGCCUGGACAACACCAAGCUAGAGGCCUUGGCUCAGGACAUCUACUCGGACCUGGUGGAGGACGCCUGUUUGGGCCUGUGUUUCGAGGUGCAUCGUGCUGUCAAACAGGGCUACUUCUUCCUGGAUGACACGGACCAAGAAAGCAUGAAGGACUUUGAAAUCGUUGACCAACCAGGAGUGGACAUUUUCGGGCAAGUGUACAAUCAGUGGAAAAACAAGGAGUGUGUGUGUCCCAACUGCAACCGGAGCAUUGCUGCGUCCCGCUUUGCCCCUCAUCUGGAGAAAUGCUUGGGCAUGGGGCGCAACAGCAGCCGCAUCGCCAACCGCAGAAUAGCAAGCAGUAACAACAUGAACAACAAAUCAGAGAGUGAUCAGGAAGACAAUGAUGACGUCAAUGACAAUGACUGGUCGUAUGGCUCAGAAAAAAAAGCUAAGAAGAGAAAGUCAGAUAAGGUAUUUUUACAUUCUUUGAAACAACAUAUACCUUUGAAUCCAAAUUCACCCAGAAGAUCAAAAUCUGUAAAGCAUAAAAAUGGGGAGCUUAAUAAUAGUGUCAAUGCAGAUCCAUACAAGUACAACUAUAACACUGGCAUCAAUUACGAAACUUUAGGCCCUGACGAACUGAGGUCUCUGUUGACAACACAAUGUGGAGUGAUCUCGGAGCACACCAAGAAGAUGUGCACCAGGUCCCAGCGGUGCCCCCAGCACACGGACGAACAGAGGAGGGCCGUCAGGGUGUUCCUCCUGGGGCCGUCCGCGUCGUCUCUACCCGAUGCAGACACGAUGGUGGAGAGUGACUGCUACGAUGCCUCAGACGGACAAGUUCUCAUGAGUCGCCUACAGUGGGAUGGAUCCUCAGACAUCUCCCCCUCCGAUUCAGCCUCCUCCAAAGCCAGCACCAACAACUCAGAUUCUAAGAAGCCUAAGAAGAAGAAGAAGACGUCUCUUGGCCUAAACAGCACAGGAGGAGGGGGCGGCAGUGGGAGUGGAGGGGGCAGUAGCUCCCAGAGUAGUCUAGUAGGCCAAUCCAACAGAAAGAAGAAGCCCAAGCUUCCUGUUCCCCCUGCCCCCAGUAUCUAUGACAACCUAAACUAGGAUAGUCCCAGUCUG